AUGCCUGUGGUCCCGCCAGAGAAGCUGAUUCAGCUUCAGCAAUCAGCUGACAAUGUGCGCAACAUUUGCAUCAUGGCCCACGUCGACCAUGGCAAAACCUCCCUCACCGACGCCCUCAUUGCCACCAACGGCAUCAUAUCGCCCAAGCUCGCCGGCAAGAUCCGCUACCUAGACUCGCGCCCGGACGAGCAGUUACGCGGCAUCACCAUGGAGUCGUCUGCCAUAUCGCUCUUCUUCUCGCUGUUGCGCCGGUCAGCACCCGAUGCACAGCCCGAGCAGAAGGAGUUCUUGAUCAAUGUCAUAGACUCGCCAGGUCACAUAGACUUCAGCUACGAGGUCUCCACAGCAUCACGUCUCUGCGAUGGCGCUAUCGUGCUCGUGGACGCCGUAGAGGGCGUGUGUAGUCAGACUGUCACUGUGCUGCGACAGACGUGGAUCGAGAAGCUGAAGCCCCUGCUCGUCAUUAACAAAAUGGACAGACUAAUCACAGAGCUGAAGAUGAGCCCAGGCGAAGCACAUACACAUCUGAACAAGCUUGUCGAACAGGUAAAUGCCGUCAUGGGUAGCUUCUACCAGGGCGAGCGCAUGGAAGACGACUUGCGCUGGCGGGAGAAGAUGGAGGAACGACUCAAUGCCGUAGCAACUGAGAAGACUGACACCAGGUCCUCGUCCAUACUAGAAAACGGCGACGGCAUAGACACCACAAACACCCCCGCCGAGUACGAGGAGAAGGACGACGAAGACAUUUACUUUGCGCCCGAGAAGAACAACGUCAUCUUUGGCAGUGCCAUCGAUGGUUGGGCCUUCACAGUGAGGCAGUUCGCGAGCCUCUAUGAGCGCAAGCUAGGCAUCAAGCGUUCUGUCCUCGAAAAGGUACUGUGGGGCGACUACUACUUAGAUCCCAAGACCAAGCGCGUACUCGGCUCGAAACAUCUCAAGGGCCGUCACCUCAAGCCCAUGUUCGUCCAACUUGUAUUGGAGAACAUCUGGGCCAUAUACGAUGCUACUACGGGAGGUAACAAUGGCAAGGGAGAUGCCACCAUGGUCGAGAAGAUCACAAAGUCCCUGAAUCUCAAUCUCCCAGCACAUGUUCUUCGUUCCCGAGACCCCCGCGCCGUCCUGACGGCCCUCUUCGCAGCUUGGCUGCCUUUGUCAACCGCACUGCUGGUGUCGGUCACCGAGUAUCUGCCUCCUCCAUCAAAAGCUCAAGCGGAGAGAAUGCCGGAAAUCAUCGAUAGCUCUCCCGGUGCAGACUACGUUGCUCCAGAGGUUCGCGAUGCAAUGACCAAAUUUGAGACGUCGAAAGAUGCUCCAGUUGUCGCUUACGUCAGCAAAAUGAUCUCUGUUCCUGAGAGCGAGAUGCCACACAACAAGCGAAGAGGCGGUGCACUUACAGCGGAGGAAGCCCGAGAGUUGGGCCGGAAGAAGCGAGCGGAGAUUGCGAAACAACAAGCAGCUGCGAGUGGCGAGCCCGAUGUUGGCAGUGUUACCGAAGCUUUGAGCUCGGCGGCCAUCAGCGAGACUGAGACGCCCGAGGAAGUGACUCCAGAAGCCAACGAGGACGCAGAACAUCUCAUUGGCUUUGCGCGUAUCUUCUCAGGCACUCUUAGUGUUGGAGACGAGGUUUAUGUUCUCGGGCCAAAAUUCACACCUGCUAAUCCCCAUGCUGCGCCAGAGCCGCAGAAAGUCAAGGUCACUGCAUUGUACCUCAUGAUGGGUCGUGGUCUUGAGCCCUUGACCACAGUACCCGCCGGUGUUGUCUUCGGAAUUGGUGGUCUUGAGGGUCAUGUCCUCAAGUCCGGCACGCUUUGCUCGCAAUUACCUGGCUCGGUCAAUCUUGCUGGUGUGCAGAUGGGUACCCAGCCUAUUGUCCGAGUUGCGCUUGAGCCAGAGAACCCGUAUGACCUUGACAAGAUGAUCAAGGGCUUGAAGCUGCUGGUACAAAGCGAUCCGUGUGCUGAGUAUGAACAGCUGCCAAACGGAGAGCACGUCAUUCUCACGGCAGGCGAGCUGCAUCUAGAGCGAUGUCUGAAAGAUCUCCGUGAGCGCUUCGCGAAGUGCGAAGUUCAGGCUGGUGAGCCUAUCGUGCCAUACCGUGAAACGAUCAUCUCCGCGGCGGAGAUGAACCCACCGAAGGACCCAAACCUACGUCGAGUACUGUCAUUUGACUUUAAGAAGCAGCUCAAGCAAGCGUUCGAGGAAGCCAAGGGCCAGAAGGAAAUAUGGACAGAUGUCAUCGACAAAAUCACAGCCUUUGGCCCACGCCGAAUAGGUCCCAACAUCUUGGUCGAUGCAACGAAAGCCGGCAUCUGCGGCAAAGUCCUCCGCGAAUCCUCCACUCCUGACACCACCACACCCUCAGCCCCAGACCACACAAUCUCCGCGCAUACCUUCGCCUCAACCAUAAUCUACGCCUUCCAACUCGCCACAGCCCAGGGUCCCUGCUGUGCCGAGCCCAUCCAAGGCAUCGCCGUGUUUCUCGAAGAUGUGUCCAUCAACACUUCCACCACCGACGAAUCCUCCGGCCGCCUAACCGGCGAAGUCAUCAAAGCCGUGCGCUCCUCGAUCCACGCCGGCUUCCUCGACUGGUCACCGCGCAUGCUGCUCGCCAUGUACACGUGUGAAAUCCAAGCAUCCACAGACGUGCUGGGCCGCGUGUACGCGGUGCUCACGCGCCGGCGCGGCACGAUUCUGAGCGAGACGAUGAGUUCGACGUCCGCGAGCACGACGGGGAAUCAAACCUUCACCAUCACGGCACAUAUCCCCGUCGCCGAGUCCUUUGGCUUCAGCGACGAGAUCAGGAAGAGGAGUAGUGGUAGUGCGAGUCCGCAGUUGAGGUUUGCGGGCUUUGAGAUUCUGGAUGAAGACCCGUUUUGGGUACCGUUUACCGAGGACCAGUUGGAGGAUUUGGGGGAACUUGCGGAUCGUGAGAAUGUGGCGCGCAGGUAUGUGGAUGGCGUGCGGAGAAGGAAGGGGCUGAGGGUUAUGGAGAGGAAGGUUGAGGCGGAGAAACAGAAGACGUUGAAGAGGUAG